AUGGAGUCCAAACUCCAAGAAGCAGCCAUAAAAGGAGAAGUGGAUCUAUUGCUCGAGAUACUAGAUCCACAACACGACCCAUUGGCACUCGACCGAAUCCAACUAGGCGGCUUAAACCAUACUCCCCUCCACAUUGCCGCCUUUCAUGGACACACUCCUUUCGUAACAAAAAUUCUCGAACUCUCACCGGGCUUGGCCCUCGUUCUUGACCACCGUAGAUGGUCCCCACUCCGCAUGGCCGUGUCCAAAGGCCAUGUGGAAAUAGUCAAGGCUUUGGUAGAUAAAAAGCCUGAAAUGUGUAGUGUGGUGGAUGAGGAAGGGAACAAUCCCCUACAUCUUGCCGCUAUCAUGGGACGGAAGGAAGUGCUAGACGAGCUUAUGAAGGUUAGGUGGGACUCGGCUCUUGAGGUGACGACAAAUAGGGAGAGCAUCCUCCAUCUCUGUGUGAAGCACGAUAAGGAGGAUUGCUUGAAGUUGUUGUUGGAGAAGUUUAGUGAUGAUCCCGAAUUUAUUAAUGUUGUGGAUCGAGCGGAAAACAACAUUUUGCAUAGAGCGGUGAAGUUCAAACAAUUUCAGAUCAUUGAAUGCAUUCUAGGUCAAAACAUAAAGGUAGAUAUAAAUGCUACAAAUGCAAUGGGUCUAACUCCUUUGGACAUACUAUCGCGACAAAACCAUGUGAUGAAUGAGGGGGACCUCAAAAUUAAAAACGCUUUAACACAAGUCGGAGCCAAGAGAAACAAAAUGUAUGGAAAGGUUAAUUGGCUCCCAAAGAGGCGCGACUCCUUGAUGGUUGUGGCAUCACUUAUCGCAACUAUGACAUUUGCAGCCGGGCUAAAUCCACCUGGUGGUGUUUGGAAAGAUACACAAAAUGGUCAUCGAGUGGGAGAAGCCAUUGUCGCUUACAAUUAUAAGGACUCGUAUAAAUGGUAUUUACGAUUCAACACUAUAGCCUUCGUUUCAUCACUAAGCAUAAUCUUGAUCCUGAUAAGUGGACUUCCUCUCAGACAACGUAAGUUCAUGUGGGCACUACAAGUUAUAAUGUGGAUGACAAUCACGAUGGUGGCAUUCAGUUAUUCGUACGCACUUGUUGCAGUGACGCCUAAAAAAGAUAGAUUAUCGCUUAAGCGAACUUUAAUAUGUGCCAUCACGGCUUGGUGCAUUGUGAUGGCCCUAGUUUUACUUGGCAAUGCCAUAAGGUUAUUUAUGAAGUGGAUGAAAGGAAAAGGUAAAUAUUAUUGGGAUAAAAUACAUAUAAAUAGAUCAAUCAUUAGAUGCAUUAUUAACCAAAACACGAAAGUCAAUAUAAAUGCUACAAAUGCAAUGGGACUCACCCCUUUGGACAUAUUAUCGCAACAAAACCAUCACAUGAUUGCUGAAGAUCUCGAAAUUAGGGACACUUUAAUGCAAGUCGGAGCGAAGAGAAAAAACAUCUUAGGAAAUAUUGAUUGGCUCUCAAAGAGGCGCGACUCCUUGAUGGUUGUGGCAUCACUGAUCGCAACUAUGGCAUUUGCAGCCGGGAUAAAUCCACCUGGUGGUGUUUGGCAAGAUACAGAAAAAGACCACCAUCGAGCAGGAGAAGCCAUCGUCGCUUAUAACUAUAAGGACUCGUAUAAAUGGUAUCUGCGAUUCAACACUAUAGCCUCUGUUUCAUCACUAAGCAUAAUCUUGAUCCUAAUAAGCGGUCUCCCUCUCAAGAAUCGUAAGUUUAUGUGGGCACUACAAAUUAUAAUGUGGUUGACAAUCACAGCGGUGGCAAUCUGUUAUUCGUACGCCCUUGUCGCGGUGACGCCAACAAAUGAUAGGGAGUCGUUGACAAAGACGUUAAUAUGGGCCAUCGCUAGUUGGUGCUUUAUGAUGGCACUAGUUUUACUUGGAAAUGGCAUAAGGUUAGUUAUGAAGUGGGUCAAAGGAAAAAGUAUGGAUUAUUUGGAGAGGCAUAGACACACAAAUCAAAGAAGAUUGGGUGAAACUAGGUCAAUAAAUAUGAGAAAUCAAAUAAAAUCAAUGGAUCCAAUUCUAGAAAACGCAUCAACAAAAGGAAACAUAUCAUUACUCCACCAAACCCUAGCACAAGAUCCAUUAUCCCUCGAUAAAUUCCAAAUCGGCGAUUUAAUCAAAACUCCUCUCCACAUCGCCGCCUUCCACGGCCAUCUCCCCUUCAUCGAAGAAACUCUCCGUCUUCGCCCAAAUCUCUCUCUAAUCCUCGAUCGCCGGCGACGAUCUGCUCUCCACGUGGCGGCGUAUGAGGGGCGGAGCGAUGUAGUUAGGGUUUUGAUACAGUCGUCGCCGGAGAUGUGCGGCGUUUUGGAUGAUCAAGGGAGGAAUCCGUUUCAUUUGGCGGUGGUUAUGGGUCGGGAGAAGGUUUUGAGUGAGAUGUUGUUGGUGUUGGUUGGGAACGCGGCGGUUCGGGAUAGAACAGGUUCGGGAGAGGGUAUUGUUGGAAUUUGUGUUAAAUAUGAUAGGUUUGAAUGUUUGAAAUUGUUGUUGGAGAAGAUUAAGGAUGUUGAGUUUGUUAAUGUUAAGGAUGCUACUGAUGAUGGAAAUAAUGUGUUUCAUCAAGCUGUCAAGUAUAAAAGAAUUCAGAUGAUUAAUUAUCUAAUUACCCAACAAAUCAAGGUAGAUAUAAAUGCUACAAAUGCAAUGGGGCUCACUCCAUUAGACAUUCUAUUACAAGAAAACAAUGUAAAUGAUUUUGAGAUUAGAGACAUUUUGCGUCAAGCAGGAGCAAUGAAGGCAGAUGAAAUCCAUUCCUCUAUGCCCAAAAGCAAAUCAUAUUUCAACAAUGUAGCUUCCUUUUCGGGCGCAAAUUCAAUCGAACAAAUUCGCCAUGAGUCUCAAAAUAGCAUAUUUGGAAGCACGGAUUGGCUCCCAAAGAGGCGUGACUCGUUGAUGAUAGUAGCCUCGCUUAUUGCUACUAUGGCAUUUUCCGCAGGGUUAACCCCACCUGGUGGUGUAUGGAGUGACCAUCUUUCAAGGGAAGAUAAUGGUGGGGGUGUCAAGUACGAAAUUCCACAUCGAGCGGGAGAGGCCAUCAUUGCUUACAACUACCCUCUCUUGUACAAAUUCUAUAUACGUACCAACACCAUAGCCUACGUGUCGUCACUCAGCAUAAUCCUAAUCAUGAUAAGUGGUUUGCCUCUUAGACAUCGAAGGUACAUGUGGGCAUUGCAAGUUGUGAUGUGGGUGACAAUAACCGCAAUGGGAUUCACUUAUGCUUUUGUCCUUUCGGCAUUGACACCAAAAAAGAAUGUGGCUUCGUUGAAACGAACAUUGGUGGUGGCUGUUCUUGUUUGGUGCAUAGUGAUGGCAUUGGUUUUCAUCGGCAAUGCCUUGAGAUUAGCUUGGAAAUGGGUCAAGAGGGAAAACAUAGACGGAGUUAACAUAAACCAAGUUCGAAGCCCCAUAAUUGAAAUGACAUAAGAACACUAAGUAUUGGCUUGUUUGUUGAUGGACUUUAAAUUUAUAUUCAUUUUGAAUAUGUUUUGUAUAAUUAAUUUAUCUUUUUUAUAACGAUAUAUAUCUAUAAUUUGUUGGAAGAAUGUUUAUAUAUGGAUAUUUACAUUACCUAAUAGUGUUGUUUUCUCCUUCAA